AUGGCGUACUCGAGCGGUGGCAGACGGCUAGACAUGCAGGAACCAGUCGAGUUCGGGUUCGGGUUUUUCCGAGCCGAGCGGUUCACGAUGCGGAAGCUCGCGCUAAUCAACAUGUCUGGAGCGAAUCCCCCUCGAAGCGUUACGCCAAACGCGCAGCAGGACUACGAUGUCACGCGUAUGCGAGAGGACGACUUCGAGCGGCUGGCCGUCUACAUCGUGCCGGACAUGCCCUGCGAGAAGGGCAUCCCGGGGCGAGCCGAGAAGACGCUUCCCCGUAGUCUAACGCUCAAACCCUCGCUCGUCCUGUCAGCACCCGCACCCACGAAUGAAGGAGUGUGGAGUACGGGCGUUAUCCCGCGUGGCACCAGAUUUGGCCCUUUUGAGGGUGUCCGAACGCCGAGCCAUCCCAGUGACAAGCAGCUAUGGCGGUACUUCUGGAGGGUGCAGGAACUGCGGCACGUCUCCUAUGGGAACAUCAAGAUAUUCAAGGACAGUGACUUCUACUACCUGGACGGGUCGGACACGGCCCAGUCCAACUGGAUGCGGUAUGUGGCGUCCGCGUACAGCUUCUCGGUGAUGAACCUGGUCGCGUGCCAGCACCAGGAGCACAUCUACUUCUACACGAUCCGCGACAUCAUGCCGAAUGAGGAGCUGAUGGUGUGGUAUUGCCGUGACUUUGCCAAACGCCUCGGCUACGACAUCGAUCCGGAGCAUGCCACCUACUCGAUCUGUCGCGAGGAGGUCGUGAAGAAGACGUACAAGCAGCCCGUACCGCCUGAGGUGGCCUACAACCACGUGAAGCACGUGAUGGGUCUCUAUCUACCGGCGAUGGUGCGCAGCACUCCAACGCCGAGUCCUUCACCGCCAGCUCAACCGAACGACAGACAUGUUCCUGUUGCCAAACACCUGGCCCUCCAUCAGACGGUGUUGCGGGAACCCCGAACGGGUGGCGGUGGUGGUCAGGUGUCGAGCGGUGCAGGAGUCACACCCGGCGAUGGAGGAAUCCUGCGAGAUCGAUCUCCGAUCAGGAUCGUGAUCCGCGAGCAGAGUCCGCUGCUGCGUGAAAGCGUCAAGGAGGUGGACGCUGACUCGCCGAUCUCGCAAACGAAGGAGUCCGCGUACGAACAUCAGCUGACGCCGAAUGACGGGUCGGUGCGGUCGGACGAAGGAUACCACAGCAACGGAUAUCACGAGGAUGGUUUUACGCCACCGGAGGACUCGAGUGAUAGCGAAAGCGAGCAUAACUAUGUGCUGGAUUGCUCAAAGAAGGCGAUCGAACCGAAAGAGACCAGCGUCGGGCAGCAUAAGGUGAGCACGAGUGAGCCGUGCGGGGACAAGAACGAGUACCGGAAGGUGAAGAUGAAGAUGCCGCUGAAGUACGAGUUCAAGAACAACAGCAAGAACUUCAAGGUGGAACCGGAGUUGGAGGCGACCGAGCGCGAAGUCGAGGUAUCGGGCGUCCCUGGCGUUGGUCCUGGAGGGGGAGUCGUUGAAGCUGGGGUAGGAAUGCGGGAGGUGACACCCGCCACCAGUACCGUGAUCGUGUUGGACACAACCCCCGACCAAACAGUGGUGGUGCCACUGACAAAGAGUUACUACGAAGCGGAACCAACGUCAACAUCACCACCAGCAUCCUUUAUCCGGUACACGCCACCCAGCUCGAGUUCGAUCCUUGAAACCAUCCUAACCGGAAGUGGACGAACACCAUCGGUCGAUGACCCACACCGUCGGCAACCGAACGCGACUCCACCACCAACGUCGCCCACCGAGAUGGCCUACUCGUACAAAAAGUCCCAACGGUACGGUACAGCCUGCAGCCCGGAUUCGAGCUCGCAGAAUCCGGCCGGACCUGAACCGGCUGAUGCGCCCCGAUCUCAGGUGAUCGGGCAGGACCCGAAGCGGGAGGAUGAGGACGAUCACCCGCAUCUGCCCCAUCACCAUCAUCUGCAUCAACACCUGCACCAUCAUCACCAUCAUCACCAGCAGCAACAGCAGCAGCAGCAGACGGCCUACCAUGGGUUAGGACACGAUCGGCUACAAGAUCGUGAGGAUCUGCCGGCGUCACCUUCACCUUCACCGAUGCCACCCUAUCCCAGUGAGCAUCAUCCACACCUGCAUCUGCAUGCGCAUCACCUGCAGCAUCAUCUGUCACAUCAACACUCAGUGCACCAUCACUCACAGCGAUCGACGCACUCACCGGUGCCGUACGAUUCGCCAGUGCAGGGUUACUCACCGGCCAGCAUUUACCAGCAGGUGGCAUCCAGUGGUUCGACGGGUAGUGUGAUCAACAGCGCAUCCAGCUCCACCUACAGUCCACCUCUGAACGGUGGCCAUUACGAGCGUUUGACGGGCGUAAAGGCUGACCCAGCUCGAUCGGUGUCACCGACUCAACCACCUACGCAAUCACAACCUCCAUCACAGCUCGUGCAACUCCAGUCGAAGGGUCAACUCCCACUAGGCCACCCGUUGAUGCAACCGCUAACACCUCUGACGCAUCUUUCACCGGGUCGAGUAUCACCCCCGAGUAGCCUCAGCCCGGAUGGUGGAUCGUACUCGCGCAGUGGCAGCCCAAUGAGCCCGGGAAGCCCGAACUCACGCGGUUAUCGCAGCCUGCCGUAUCCUCUGCGAAAGCGCGACGGAAAGAUGCACUACGAGUGCAACGUGUGCAGCAAAACGUUCGGGCAGCUGUCGAACCUGAAGGUGCAUCUGCGGACGCACUCGGGUGAGCGGCCGUUUAAGUGCAACGUCUGCACGAAAUCCUUCACGCAGCUAGCACACCUGCAGAAGCACCACCUGGUGCAUACGGGCGAGAAACCGCAUCAGUGUGACAUCUGCAAGAAGCGCUUUUCGUCGACGUCGAACCUGAAGACGCAUCUGCGCCUGCACAGCGGCCAGAAGCCGUACGCGUGCGAUCUCUGCCCGCAGAAGUUCACACAGUUCGUGCACCUGAAGCUGCACAAGCGGCUGCACACGAACGAUCGACCGUAUGUGUGCCAGGGCUGUGAUAAGAAGUACAUCAGUGCGUCCGGGUUGCGCACGCACUGGAAAACCACCAGCUGCAAACCGAACAACCUCGAGGAGGAGCUCGCGAUGGCUGCGGCGGCCACUUCCGAGUGUUUAGAUAAGGAUGGCCAACCAGAUGGUGAAGGUGGUCGCGAGUUUUACGAGAUGACUCACCUACCAGGAGCUACCUCCGGAGGUCCACCUAGCCAAUCGGGGCACCACAGUCUGCACGGACAUCCGGAGCAGGUCAUACAUAAGGUGUCAGCAGGCAAGAUCCAGCAGCAGCACUCAAGCAGCAAUGGCUCAGCAGGCUCAAGCACCGGUGGCAGCGCCAGCAGCAGCAACAAUAACAGCCCUAACAGUACCAAUCACAAUCUGGCUGCGCCUCACCUGCACUAUGGUGGGCAUCUCGGGAUGCCACAGGGUGGUUCGGGUGCCGAAGGACGCCCUCCAACGGGUCCUUCGCAGCACGAGCCCGCAAGUCGCCCGAGCGUGAUCGAAUCCAGCCAACCGAUGGUGAUCGAGUGCACGUAGCCCCACACCGGCGUGAUAAGAGCCCGAUGUGGCGUGGAGUAGCAGACCUACGACUGAUGAGGAGGUCCUGUGUGCGUCCUUUUUGCGUUUUCUUUGCUAUUUUUUUAACACGAGCGAGCCCCCCGCAGUGAGGGGAGGGGGUGGCGUACUAUUAAGCUGUUAGAUGGAUAUUAUUAAGUGGUCUUAAGAACUUAACUUAUCGCACGUUAGCUGUACGUUGUUGAAGCCGGCGCAUGUAAAUAAUGGCGCGUACCGCGUUCGGAGGGGCUGGACCACCGCCACCGCCACUGUCGUCGUCGCCGGUGCCGCCGAAUUGUGAUCAAAAUUGUUUCCGGUUUAAUUGUUUUUUGUGUUGUGGCAAGCGCUUAGACGCCUAGGAGUUAAGCAAAGAAAGGUGAAGAAGUGAAGCAAAAAAAAAUGACGUGGCAAGCGAUGGAGUGAUCGCUGGGGCGCGGGUUUCCCGGCCAGGAGCGUGGCCCCGGAGGACCGUAACGGUUAGGAGCGAAACGCAUCAAAGAUCAAAAUUGAAGUCUGAUAGCAAUUAGGGAUAUUUAGGCUGUUGGCUCGCGUCCAUCCGCGACCUUCGACCUUUCGGGAACACGGGAUCGGGACAGGCGGUAUCGAGCGGUGAGCGAGUGGGGGCCCCACGGCCAAACAGACUGACAUAUAGUUUUCCUUUCAACUGAAACAAAAAAAGAAAAAAAUAAGCGAAAAACAUACACACAGACAAACGCUCACAUCCUGUAGCUCUCCCGUUUUUCCGGCUGCAUGUUGCGUUUCCGUUUUUGUGUGGUGUAAACUUUGCUGUAAAGCGAGGGGCGUAAUGUUUAACGUUAUAUGCGGUAGGAUGCGAGGUGGAUUAAACAGAUACCUUACUAUUGACACACACACACACACAUACAUAAACACACACACAUACACGAAACACAAGACACAAAGGACACACGAAGAAGGGUGAUGUAAUUGCAGAUUGCGAUUCAAUACUUAGCUGAAGAUCGGUGCUUUUCAAAAACCAAUGCAUCUCACCGAAAGUGCACACACACGCACGUGCGUGUGGCUUCCGGUGGGGGCGUGGUAUUAAUACUAUUACUCAGAGUUAAGAUUUAGACUUACGGAUAAAAUUAUAAACAAAAAACAAACGAAGCAAAAUAAAGCAAGCAAACAUGAACUAUAAAACCAUUAGCGAGGAGUGCCGGAGCAGUUGCGAGAAAUAAUAGGUGCUAUGACGCGUGGAGAGAACACGGAACGAAGAAGAUAUCGGGCAAACAGUGAAUUAUUGGUGAUCUAAGGGCCUGAAGGCACCCAGCACAAUACCAAGUAGUGGUAUCCGGAAGUUGUGCGGUUGGGAACGAAGCAAGACAUUUAUUAACGUAGCAAACCGCUAGAGAUUGGAAACUGCUCCCUUAUUUUUCUCACUCACAAAUUGAAUGAAAAUGCAGCUACGUACUCGUAGGCUAACUGGCGAUAGAGUGAGAUAAAGGACCCAGUUAGAGAGAAACAUGGGAAGGCAAUCAACGUCAAACAGUGGUCAAAGGGAUUUUGAAGCGCGCCGAGUAAUUCGUAACGAGGAUCGCUAGCCUGCUAGGCUAAAUUCGUGGCUGAAUGCAAGAUUUACCUGCCUCCGGUACAAAUCUCCCUCGGGGAUGAGUCGCCCAACAUCCUGAGCCACACGCGACUAAUGAUGGUAGGACUUUUCCAUGUAGGAAAAAGGCUAAAAGAGAGAUAAAUAGAGUGAGAGAGAGGCACCUUGAGGCUCUGGGGCUGUAAGUGUCACGAACCGGCGGAGUCGUGCGUUCAGUUUCGAAACUUUUCUUUUUCGUUUUUGUUUCGUUUCGUUUAUUAGUAUUGGCUCGUUGAUAUUUGUUCGUUUUCUUUUUUUUUGUGUUUAGUUAAGACCAGUUUUAAGCUUACAUCUGCAAUAGUCGCGACACCUUGAGUCCCCGGGUGGGCGAUUCGGUUCAAGACCGUAACAGGAUAUUCUAAGCGAUAAGCAAGUAAAGGAGAUAAGCAUAUGGAUAGGGAAUGGAACGAUCCGGCCCCAUCAGAUGCGUGCUCUUGGGCGCGGCGAGCUGAAAACCGUGAAAUGUUGAUCAUUUUCCAGACGUUUUCCAUCCUAAUAGACGAUUGCUAAGAUUGAUGGCGCGACGGUGGAGCGUUUCUCCAUCUUAAACCCAGCGUGACAAAACGUGCUCACGCAUACUGACUGAUUAAUUGAAUUAGUGCGUUAGUUUUAUCUCCCCUUUUUUUAAGUUGCAUUCACACUGCGACCCAGGUCAAACUAGGACAGCAAGCUAGGCGUUCACGCAGCAAAGCAUUUUAAUUCAUUUAGUUACAACGAGCGCAAGGCAAGUGCAACGAGAGCGAAUGCUCCGGCUGAAGUAUAUUCACUUUUUUAUUAAACAUGAGCGAAACGGAGAGCAGAAGGCUUGAAAACAGAAAUGAAAAAAAAAUCAUAACGAGGAACCGCAGCUAUACGAAUGCAACGCAAAACGAGUGGAAUAUUAGCGCAAUAGUACUAGAGUAAACUGCUAACGGGCUGUAGCGUAACUAGUUCGCAGGACCACACAGAUAGGGCGAGAGUGAAAGGUCGGAAAAGUUACAGAAAAAUGAAAUGAAAUGGAAGGAAAAACACACAGCGAUCGCAAGUAUGGUUUACGCCCAUGGCACUGAGAUUGUAUAGAACUAGCGACACGGAAAACCACGGAAAUGGGUGGAAAACGUCUCCCAGAUGUGACUGGCGGAUGUUAUAUAUUAUGGGCCACGUGAUGCGAGAAGCGGAAAAUCGCCCGACCUGUCGCUGAGCGCCGCUAAAACAGUGUACACGAACGCUACCUAACUGAUAAUAAUUUAAACAAGAACAUAUGAAGUAAGACUACGGAUAAUUAAACCGCUAUACUGUAAGUGAAAUGCUAGUGAGCGAGCUGGGCAAAUGCAACGCCCGCGUGCAUGAAUGGGAACCGAGUGGAACUCUUUAUAAAAAUACA